AUGUUAUCCGUAGGGAGUCAUAGUUACUCCCUCGACCUUGACUUGUUGCUGAUAGGGAGUCAUAGAUACUCCCCCGACCUUGACUUGUUACUGAUAGGGAGUCAUAGUUACUCCCUGGACCUUGACUUGUUACUGAUAGGAAGUCAUAGUUUCUUUCUUGACCUUGACUAUUUGUUGGUAGGAAGUCAUAGUCACUCCCUCGACCUUGACAAGUUAUUGAUAAGGAGUCUUAGUCACUCCCUCGACCUUGACAAGUUAUUGAUAAGGAGUCAUAGUUACUCCCUCGACCUUGACUAUUUGUUGAGUGGGAGUCAUAGUUACUCCCUCGACCUUGACUAUUUGUUGAUAGGGAGUCAUAGUUACUCCCUCGACCUUGACUUGUUACUGAUAGGGAGUCAUAGUUACUCCCUCGACCUUGACUUGUUACUAAUAGGGAGUCAUAGUUACUCCCUGGACCUUGACUUGUUACUGAUAGGAAGUCAUAGUUUCUCCCUCGACCUUGACUAUUUGUUGAUAGGGAGUCAUAGUUACUCCCUAGACCUUGACUUGUUACUGAUAGGGAGUCAUAGUUACUCCCUCGACCUUGACUAUUUGUUGAGAGAGAGUCAUAGUCACUCCCUCGACCUUGACUUGUUAUUGAUAGGUAGUCAUAGUUACUCCCUUGCCAAAAAAGUCAAAAACAGUGUCACACCCGGAAAGUUUAAGACAGUCAUAGGCUUCUCAUACACUUGCCUGGAUGCCGCGUCUCAUACGCAUGGCUUACGCUUGCCUGGAUGCCGUUUGACGGUGACAACCGAGAGCAAAUUCGACCUUGGCGACGAAAUGGCGGUCCAUUUCUCACCCCUCACCCUUUGA